AUGCCUAGUUGGUGCCUUAUUGAAAGCGAUCCGGCCGUGUUUACGGAGUUAAUUGAGCGCUUUGGCGCACGCGGUGUUGCCGUGGAGGAAAUAUUGGGUCUGGAGCCUGAGUUUUUGCGCCAAUACACGAACGUCUACGGUCUCAUUCUGCUCUUCAAGUGGAAGUCGGGCAAAACCCCAACAUCAGACGGGGUGGUGGUGCCCGACGCACCUGUGUACUUUGCGCGGCAAACCGUCAACAACGCCUGCGCAACUCUCGCAAUGGUCAACACGCUUCUUAACUACAGCGAAAGUAUUCAGCUGGGUGAUGAGCUUAGCAAUCUCCUUGAGUUUACACGGGAAAUGAACGCCUAUUUACGUGGAACGCAGGUGGCGGAGAGCGAUGUGUUACGUGAAGCCCACAACUCGUUUGCCCCAACUGAAUUUUUUGUACUGCACGAUGAGACCCCCGAUGCCAGUGAUGUAUACCACUUUGUCUCAUUUGUGUAUAAAAAUGGGGCUGUUUGGGAAUUGGAUGGUCUUCAGAAGGGUCCCAUCCUUGCCGCCGACGCCACGGACGGUAACUACAAGGAGAAACUGGUGGAAGUGGUGCAGAAACGUGUGAUUGACAAAAGCGCCGCGGAUAAUACGGGAACAGGUCAAGGCAUUUCCUUCUCCCUCAUGGCCGUGGUUGAUGAUAGGCUGUUGCAAUUAGAAAAGGAAAUUGAGGAGGCAAAGGCACGUGAAGAACCAACAGCGUACCUCGCAGAACAACUAGAAGAAUUGCGGUUGCAACGCGAAAAGGGCCGCGCGGAGAAUCAGCGCCGUCGUCAUAACUAUGUUCCCAUGAAUGUGGAGCUUCUCAAGGCAUUGGCGGAGAAGGGUAAGCUAGAGGGAAUCGUGGAGGAGGCGUUGGCCAAGAAGGCGGCGUCGGCAUCCAGCGAUCGUAAAUAA